AUGGGCCAAGCGCCCAGCAAGAAGAUGGGGCGUACGCGCUCCAAGGAGCUCUCCACCGCGGAGCUCACAGACGCCAUGGCGAGCCAUACCAUCCGCGCUGACGCCGUGCCCGGAUCGCCCACUGGCGGGUCUACGCCGAUCGAUAUGGGCCGAGGAGGGUCUCGGCGGUCCAGCAAGGUACCGGAGAAACAGGGAAGCGUGUCGAGUCUGAGCAGCGCGACGGGCGGUGGCAGGCAGGCGGGCGGGAGUGUAGAUGGCGGUUCAGUCCGAUCUGGAAUGUCCAACUCGGCAGGCGGUGGACUCGCUCCGGCCUCGGCAGCGAACCUGGGUCCGUCCUCGCCUAUCAAGGGUACAGGCGGAGGACACCGCACGCCCGCAUCCCUCGGGUCAUCCCCUCCCCCCACUGCCUCCGCAUUCGGCUCCAGCGCCCGCUCCUCCCCUCCCCCCUCGCCUAGCGCUAGCACCCGAAACAGCCUCAGCGUCGACGGCGCCCUCUCCCCCGGCUCCGCACUCACCGCCACCACCUCCCGGAACUCAUUCACCUCGCCCGUCGCUGGCCAAGCCCUCGAUGUGGACAAUAUGAUAGGCCGACUCCUGGAAGCGGGGUAUUCUGGUAAAGUCACCAAGAGCCCGCCGCUCAAGAAUGCCGAGAUCCUCGCGGUGUGUAUGGCGGCGAGAGAGGUGUUUCUCAGUCAGCCGACAUUGAUCGAGUUGAGCCCGCCAGUAAAGAUUGUGGGGGAUGUGCACGGACAGUACGCCGACCUGAUACGUCUAUUCGAGAUGUGCGGUUUCCCUCCCCAAGCCAACUACCUCUUCCUCGGCGACUAUGUCGAUCGCGGCAAACAAUCCCUCGAAACUAUCCUCCUGCUACUAUGCUACAAGAUCAAAUUCCCCGAGAACUUCUUCCUCCUGCGCGGGAACCACGAGUGCGCGAAUGUCACACGGGUGUACGGUUUCUACGACGAAUGCAAGCGUCGGACCAACAUCAAGACCUGGAAGACCUUCAUCGACGUCUUCAACGCCCUGCCUAUUGCUUCGAUCGUCGCUAGCAAGAUCUUUUGCGUGCACGGCGGUCUCAGCCCGAGUUUGAAGAGUAUGGACGAUAUCAGGCGGAUUCAGCGGCCUACCGACGUACCCGACUAUGGCCUCCUAAACGACCUCGUCUGGUCCGACCCGUCCGACACCGCCCUCGACUGGGAAGAUAACGAGCGAGGCGUGUCGUUCUGUUAUGGAAAGAGCGUCAUCAACUCGUUCCUUGCCACGCAUGAUAUGGACCUCAUCUGUAGGGCACAUAUGGUCGUUGAAGAUGGGUACGAGUUCUAUAAUGAUCGGACGCUGGUCACUGUGUUCUCGGCGCCCAACUACUGUGGGGAAUUCGAUAACUUUGGCGCAGUCAUGUCCGUCUCGGAAGACCUGUUGUGCUCGUUCGAACUGUUGAAGCCGCUUGACGGGGCGGCGCUGAAGAAGGAAAUGACCAAGAGCAAGCGGAAAUCUCUGCAAAAUCAUCAAUCGCCACCCAACAACCCGAUGGCCCAGAGCUACUAG